GCGUCAGAACGGCCUGCUUCUGACCGGACUACGAUAAGGGCGGGACCGGAAGUGGAAAAAAGCCUCCCGCGCGUCGGUUUCCGGCCACCUCAGCGGGGAAGAGGAGACGCAGGCGGAGGGAAGUACCGGAGCGAAAGGCUGAGCUGCGUCGGGAGCAGAAUAAGCGGAGACUACCGCGGCUGCCGGCGUCGGGGGGUACCGGCUCCCCUGUAAGCAGAGGAAAUGGUGUUGCUGACGAUGAUCGCCCGAGUGGCGGACGGGCUCCCGCUGGCGGCCUCCAUGCAGGAAGACGAGCAGUCUGGCCGAGAUCUUCAACAGUACCAGAGUCAGGCUAAGCAACUUUUUCGCAAGUUGAAUGAACAGUCCCCUACAAGAUGUACCUUGGAAGCAGGAGCAAUGACUUUUCAUUACAUUAUCGAGCAAGGAGUAUGUUACCUGGUUUUGUGUGAAGCUGGUUUCCCCAAAAAGUUGGCAUUUGCCUACCUUGAGGAUUUGCACUCUGAAUUUGAUGAACAACAUGGAAAGAAGGUGCCCACUGUCUCCAGACCUUACUCCUUCAUUGAAUUUGAUACUUACAUUCAGAAAACCAAAAAACUGUACAUUGACAGCCGUGCACGGAGGAACCUGGGCUCCAUCAACACUGAACUACAGGAUGUGCAGAGAAUCAUGGUGGCUAAUAUUGAAGAAGUCUUACAGCGAGGGGAAGCACUCUCAGCAUUGGAUUCCAAAGCCAACAAUUUGUCCAGUUUGUCCAAGAAAUACCGUCAGGAUGCGAAGUAUUUGAACAUGCGGUCCACCUACGCCAAACUUGCGGCAGUUGCUGUGUUUUUUAUCAUGUUGAUAGUGUAUGUACGAUUCUGGUGGCUUUGAGCAGGUUAAUGCCAUCCUUGGCAGGGGAGAGCUGAAACAUGGCACGUGUAUGUUUGCAAGACGCUGAGUGCACAGGGCUGUGCAUUAGGAUUCAAAUGGGACUUGUGACUUUGGAGACCUAGAAAGAAAGGAAGUGUCCUGAAUGCCAUAGGCCACCCCUCAUUUAGUGAAGCUUAACCCCCUCCAGAAGGUCUUGUUGGGGACUCCAGACUUUCUCUGGGUGGCAAACUGUAUGUGUUAGGGAACAGUAGACUUCCCCUUCUCUCCAUGUGUUCUGAACCCUUAGGCAGCAUUGACUAGGGCAUUCCCUUUCUAGAACAGAUCCAUCAGUGGGAAUUGCACUAAUCAACCUAUCCCGGUACCACUUCAUUACUUCUUUUAGAGAGGGCAGCCCUAAUAGAAACUGUUGAGCGCCAAUGAACAUUCCUGAUGUGGGUAAUACUUUUUUUUUUGGAAUCUGAAUCUUCAAUAGCCAUUCAAACAAGACUCCUGUAUGUGAAGGCUGAUUUCUGUACAUAUUUUAAAUGUCUUUUUCUUCCUGUGAGAAGAUAACUUUGUUGUUUUCCUUUUCUGAUAUUUUGCUUAUUGCACAAUUGCUUUGGGGUUAAAUGAAUAUUAAAUUGAGAUGCCUUGAAAUUACACUGUAUCCCCUCCCUGAUUAGGAAAGUAACAGGUUUUCUAUAACAUAAUCCUUAAACAUAAAAUUUAAACUAUUGUGGGAAGUUCUUGAUUUCCUUCCUUAACAUCCUGCUUUGUAUAACACAGGGGGAAAGAGAGUAUCUGAAUACUAUUAACUGGAUAGAGGCUCAGCACCUACUUUUGCUCUUCUCACUUCCAUUUAUUUUUAUUUCUAUUUUUACAUUUUUGUUUUUUCCCUUGUGUAUUUCUAUGAUAGGGGAUGGAGGGAGGAGGGCAGAAAAGAUUACUUCGAUCAAGAGUCCCAAGCUUUAUAACCAGCAUUUUCAGGUAUAAUCCAGACUAUAAAAUAGAAAAUGUUCAUAUAAGGAAUGUACAGGAAUGUAAGUAUGUAAGGAAUCAGUUUUUGAUUUUAGUUUUUCUGUGAGUUUCAUUACAAAUAUUUUUAACCAAGGAAGUCUGUCAGAAUUAUCAGUGUUUCUCCUGUUUAUGUAUACUUUCUAAGAAAGUAAUCUUUCUAAGUAUAGAAAUCUCAUUUUUUAUAGCUAAUAGAAUGAAAUCUGACCUCACAUCCACUAUUUUUCCCACCUUGGUGCUCUUUCUUAUGCACUUGGCUCUCUUGUUUCUCUCACCCCUAGAAUGAUAGAAGUUUCCCUUUACUUUUGGAGGUGGAAUUUUUGGAAUAGAGAAAAUUGAUGCAGUCUAUUUAGUAUCUUCUCCCCAAAGGACAAACAUAGUUUGAGAAAAGGAUGAGAUUAAGCAGCUUAAUCCUCAGCACUUUAAAAAUGUCUUUAGUUUACUAUGUUUAGUAGCUGUGAAUUUCUAUCUAAAAAGGGUUAUCCAAGGUCCAAGCCCUAUUUUCUGAUUAGGAGUUGGGAAGGAAUCAGUUUCCCAUAAAGAAAACAAGGAGAAAGAGAUUUGAUUGUCUCUCCUGAAUUACAUAGAAUCCUCUGAGAAAACUUGCUAUAGUAGCAGUUAUUAUGGUCCCAGCAUGGAUAGGAAUCUUCAAACCUCCCCAGAAACUGGGCCACUCAAACAGGUAGGUGAAGGCUGAUUUCUGUACAUAUUUUGAUGUCUUUUUCUUCCUGUGAGAAGUUAACUAGGAUUAUAGUUCACCAGAAACUGGCGCCAGAUCAAAAUAAUUGGUAAUUGGUUUUUUUGAGUAGUCCAAAAUUGUUCUUUUUAGACAGAAAUAGUCCCCCAAAUCUUAUCUCUAUAUGCAGCUGAAUGUUCCUGCUAUGUAGGUCUGUGAAAGGCUGAAGAUUGAACCCAGUAUUGCUCCCUAAGAUUUGGUGCCAUUUAGGAGAGAAGAAUGUGGCAGCUUGAUGAAAAUCAAAUGCUGCUACUUGAGGGUCAGUAAUGAAAUAAAUUUCUUCUAAGAACAUUC